GAGGGACCGAUGACUGGGACUCAGCAGACAAGAUCUACGCCUGGCGACACCGCCGCCAGCCUGGCUUCCUCCUCCACACCUCCACCGGCGACCUGACCAUGACCCCCUGACACACCUGAUGGCCGUUACGAGUUGGCCUUCGAGGUGAGUGACUCCAGCCAGGGACAGUUUGGGGUGGAAGCCAAUGUGACAGUGGAGGUCAAGUCCCUAAACUAUUAUGACCUGACGUAUGCAACUCCUCUCGUGCUGGCUGCUGACCCCUACCACCUGGUCAAGGAGGAAGAGGCAGGAACAUCUAUACUGAGUCAACUGGAGGCGACCGUGCAGGCGUGGGUGGUGGGCGGCAGCGCGAGUAUACGGGUGGUGUCGGUGGAAGCACUAGAGGGACUCACCAUGUUCGCUCCUUUGUCCACGCCCACGCCCACACCCACACCCACCACAGCAUCCCGCGUGUGGCUAGUCUCCCCCGGUGUAACCAACCUACACCACAUCAUCUUAUACAGGAAAGAAGAGCUGAGUGCUGUCCUAGGCAUGGCUGUUCGGGACGUGGGCGUGGGUACCUGCCACGAAAUCGUCCCUAUAACGACCCAGGAGGACACCGGGGCCGCCCAUGGGACCUCCUCUAGGACUGCUCGGAGAACCGCCCGUCAGGCUGCCUAUAGUUGCAAGGACGGGUGCUGGGUGCGGGCGGCCUUGGGUGAGGGGUUCAGUGUGGUGGACGCCCACACCUCGGCCGUAGUGGGUCCCCGGGUGGAGGUCCUCACCACCUGUGGUUGUGGCAACACCGCACCUGCCCACCACACCAUCUGCACCCCCUACACCUGCCUCAAUGGCGGCAGGUGUGUGCCCACCUCCACGGGCACCAGGUGUAUAUGUCCCCACAACACCUGGGGUUCCCGCUGUAAGGUGGUCAUCAGACACUUCGAGGGUGGUGGGGGCGGGUGGGCGUGGGUGCCGCCCAUCCCGCACUGUACCGAGGUCCACCUGAGUAUGGAGGUGCUCACCAGGUCUGGGGCGGCCACCCUGCUGUACUCGGGGUCAGACCAGGGGGCGGCGGGGGCUGUUAGUGACCUGCUGCUGCUGGAGCUGCGUCAGGGCCGCCCCUCCCUCCUGCUGGAUCUGGGGGGCGGCCCCGUCACCCUCGUCCUCAACGCCUCUUACUCCCUCGCUGACAACACCUGGCACAGGAUCGACCUCAUCUGGAAGGACCAGUUGGUGGAAAUGAUCGUGGAUUUGUGUACUGGUGGUAGCUUAAACGAGCCGCCCAUACUGCCAGCCAACCCCGCCCACAACCACUCAGCCUCGUCCAUCCUUCCCGACGCCCACACCUGUCGGGGCGCCGCCAGACUGCCCCAGGGUACCCGGGUCCUCAAUGCUGGUGGGCCUCUGCAGGUGGGCGGGCUAGCUCACCCACCCUCCGCUCAUAUCCUGCAGGGUAACCCGUCGUCCCCCCGCCCACCUCACUUUCAUGGUUGCAUCAGGAACCUCAGAGUGAAUAGCCAGCUGGUGGACCUGGGUAGUGAGGUACUGAGCCGCGCCAGCUCUCCCGGGUGUGUCGCUGCUGACUGUCUCUCCAGCGGCCUCUACUGUGGCCUUCACGGCAGGUGUCAAGGUUCACCUGGAUCGCUGCGGUGUGAGUGCCAGCCCGGGUGGUCAGGGCCAGGGUGUGCCACACCCACUACCCCCACCACCUUCCUGCUCAACAGCUACGUCAAGUUGGCUCUCUCCUUCACCUUGCUAGGUUACACCACCUCCAUCUCCCUCAGGUUCAGGACGUGGAGGAGGAGAGGGCAGCUGGUGGCGUUGGCGUCACAACAUGGGCGUGACAGCUGGUCAGUAGAGGUGAUGGGCGGCCGCCUGUGUGUGGUGCUGCACCUCCACCCUCGACCCCAGACCUCCCUCUGUCUCUCCCGAGCCUCCCUCACCGACGGCCGCUGGCACUCCCUCACUGCUGCAAGGUACGGGUCGGCGACCUUCCUGACGGUGGACGACGGGGACGGUGACCUGUACAACGCCUCCGUCGUGCUGGAGGGACGCCAGAUGCUGGAGGUGGACGGUCAGGAGGGCGUCCAUGUCGGGGGGACACCAGAGUAUGCGGGCGUCACUGUGUUCAACAUACAUAGAGAUUAUCAUGAUGGAUGUAUGGACGACCUGCGGAUCUCAGGUCGUGGAGUACCGCUCUCACCUGCGGUCAAUAGCACAGCGUGGGGUCAGGCGAGCGUGUUGAAGGGCGUGGAGCAGGGGUGUGGCGCCCCUCCUGCCUGUGCCAACGUGUCCUGCAGGACCCCGCUCACCUGCGUCGACACCUGGAGGUCCUACCACUGCGGGUGUGGUGAGGGACGUGUGUUGACCAGCAGCCAGACCUCCUGUGACGACGAGGACGAGUGUGUGUGGCAGCCCUGUCUCAACGGUGGUUCAUGCUUCAACACCCAGCCAGGCUACGUGUGUGCGUGUCCGGCGGGGUUCAGCGGACAGCACUGUCACCUGCCAGACGUGGGAGAAACUUCCCUAAAGCUCUCCCUGGCCGCCUUGGUGGCCAUAGUAGUGUGGUGCACCUUCCUCCUCCUGUUGAUCUGCGCCUUCCUGCUGCACCAGCACCACCGACGGUCCGCGCUACGCAGGGGCGCCCCCAACGACAAGGAUGACACAGUCACCUGUAAAGAACAAGUAUCGCCGCCCUGCAGCCACACGCCCAACCUGCUGGAGCUGCAGCUGCUGAAGCCCCCGAGAGCCAACGGCCAGCCAGCCUGGACCAAGAACCCCAACAUUGCAGCUGUGGACGUGCUGCAGGUGGAUAAUGCCUCAGUGACCAGCAGCAUGGAAGACCAGAAGCGGUGCAACGCUUCACCUGCCGCCCCACACAUCAAGCAUAAAGGAGACAAAGAUGGAGGAACGCUCGAGGCAGAGAAGAAGAAUGGCGUCAGCAAGGGACAAGUGUGCAGUCCUCCUGCCGGGGACGACCUGAGGAACUACGCUUACGAGGGAGACGGGUCUUCCCCGGGAUCACUCUCCUCCUGUAAGUCCUCCUGGGGUUCCAGUACUGGUCUGGAGAGCUGCAGCGGAAGUGCCAAGUUCCUGGGCGGGUUCCGUGAGGUGGCGCACAUGCUGGAGUCCUGACACACAACUGGCUCACAGUCGACGGCAACCACAACAAACACAAACACCGCUCCACCAACCACGUCGGUUAUUCAUUUAGCAGAUGAGAAGAUAGCCACACCCACUGCAACAGGGAAACUCCUCUCAGAAUAUAUUGUCACUCCUGCGGUCAUGCCAGCACCCGACCCACCUAGUGCCUUACAGAAUGAAUAGUGGCUUUGUUGACAGUAAAAUAAUAAAGUCCUAUGAAAACAAAAUGUCCAGGUGUGAUUACAGUAUAAUGUUUACGACGCUUUACAUUCAUAUAUAUAUAUAUAUAUAUA